AUGGAUAUUCCAGAGGACAAACGAGACGGUACCCCUGAAGGCCUCAAGAAUGCCCUCUAUCCCCAUCAGGCCCUCGCGCUGUCGUGGAUGAAACAGAUGGAAGAGGGGACCAACAAGGGUGGCAUAUUGGCCGAUGAUAUGGGUCUUGGCAAGACUAUAUCAACAUUGGCUCUGAUACUGUCAAGACCGGCCAAAUCGCGCCCCAAGACAAACCUGAUUGUCGGCCCGGUGGCCUUGAUUCGACAGUGGGAAGAGGAAAUUCAUAAGAAGACCAAACUCUCUCACAAAUUGUCCGUCUUUGUAUACCACAACACGAAAGCCACGAUCGAUCACAUGCUCCAGCACGACGUUGUGCUGACCACUUAUGGCACCCUCGCCCAAGAGAUGAAACGCCUGGACGCUUUCUUGGAGAGCAAUGCAGGUCGUAACAUCGACUUCAACGACAAAGGCAUCGCAACAAAGUUUCCGCUCCUGAACCCGAGAAAGUCCAAGUUCUACCGCGUCAUUCUCGACGAGGCGCAGUGCAUCAAAAACCGCAACACCAAGACUGCCAAAGCGUGUCAUCGACUGAACGCCGUGCAUAGGUGGUGCCUCUCCGGAACCCCCAUGAUGAAUGGUGUCCUGGAAAUCUUUUCCUUGGUUCAUUUCCUUCGCAUAAAGCCGUACUGCAUCUGGGAUAACUUUAGGAGGGAUUUUAGUCCACUCUUUAACAAAAAUAGUGCGACGGACGGUGUCGCCAUGCACAGGUUCCGCGCUCUCCUCAAAGCAAUCAUGCUUCGUCGGAAAAAGGACUCUCAACUGGAUGGGAAGCCUAUUCUGGUGCUGCCUGCCAAGACAGAACACGUCAUCUACGCCGACCUCUCCCAAGACGAACGUGACUACUACGAUCAACUUGAGAAAGCCUCCAGGGUCACGUUCAACAAGUAUCUACGCGAGGGCAGUGUCGGCAAAAACUACUCCAGCAUUCUGGUUCUUUUGCUACGCCUCCGUCAGGCAUGCUGCCACCCUCAUCUCAAUCUCGACGUCGAAGAUACCCCGCCCAACGUUACCAGCGAAGAGCUGCUCGACCUGGUCAAGAAGCUGGAUGCGGCCAUAGUUGUCAGAAUCAGGGCGGCCGACGCUUUCGAAUGCCCUAUAUGCUAUGAUGCCGUCCAAUCACCCACGUUCUUCAUUCCCUGUGGCCACGACACCUGCCAGCAAUGCUUGACGCGACUGGUGGACAGUGCAGCGGCGGCAAAUCUUCAGCAAGGUGUCGAGGGCGCCGCAACGGCUAAGUGCCCCGUGUGCCGUGGCUCGUUCGAUCCCAAGAAAUGCUUCAGUUAUGAGACGUUUCAGCAGGUGCACAUGCCGGAGCGUAAGAUGACUGAAAUCAAGCCCUCCAUGCUCAGGGCCCUUCGACACGAUGCAUCCAAGAGUCAAGCCGCAUAUAAAAAAUACAUGGGCUACUUGCGAAAGACGUGGCUACCUGCUGCCAAGGUUUCGGAGUGCAUGAAGCUCCUCCAGGAGAUAUACAAGACUGGAGAAAAGACGAUAGUGUUCUCUCAGUGGACUCUCCUGCUGGAUCUGCUCGAAGUGGCCAUGUGGCAUGACCAGUAUCCGGGAAAGAUGAGGCGGUACGACGGAAGCAUGUCUGCUGAGCACAGGUUCCAAGCAGCCGCGGACUUUCGCGAUAAGAAGGAUGUCAAGGUCAUGCUGGUGUCUUUGCGAGCGGGCAAUGCGGGACUCAACCUCACUGCGGCAUCUCGCGUCGUCAUCAUGGAUCCGUUCUGGAACCCAUACAUUGAGAUGCAGGCCGUUGAUCGUGCGUACCGCAUUGGCCAGAUGAAGGAGGUUAUGGUGUAUCGGAUCCUGACCAAGGAGACGGUUGAGGACCGAAUUGUCGAGCUUCAGGAUCGGAAGAAGGCUAUGGUGGAGUCGGCGCUGGACGAGACCGAGAGCAUGAAGAUUGGCAGGUUGGGUGUAAACGACCUCAAGUUCCUCUUUACUGGUCGCUGA